AUGGUAAACUCGACUCUCGGCAUGAACACUUCUGACAGCUACCUUCCGGUCGAGUUCCGCUGGACAGCGACAUUCGCGUAUAGCGCAACGACGGUCGUCGGUAUCAUCGGCAACCUCAUGGUGGUGGCCGUCGUGCUUUCUAUCAAAGGCAUGAUGACGGCGACCAACUGUUACCUGGUGUCGUUGGCGGUGGCUGACUCUCUGUGCUUCGUCAGCUCGAUCCCCGCCGAACUGUCUUGGAUGCACUUGCCUGAGGACGUUUACGUGUUCGGCGAUUUCGGCUGUCGUGUGCUGACCUUCCUGUCGUUCCUGGCCAUCAACGCCUCGUCGCUGUCCAUCGCCGCUUUCACCCUGGAACGCUACAUCGGCAUCUGCCAUCCGAUGCAAGCCCGCCUGGUUUGCAGCGUACAACGGUCGCAGGUGAUCAUCGUCUUCAUAUGGAUCUUUUCCAUACUGUACAAUUCUUCGUGGAUCGUUCUGACCGGCCUGUCCCCGUUGCACUACGUCGACUGGCCUGAGGCGCAGAGGUGUACGUUCAGGAUGAAGCGAGACAAUUACAAGGCGGUGUUCAUCGCCGACAUCGUCCUCUUCUAUUUCAUUCCGUUCAUCACAUACAUCUUUGUCUAUAGCCGAAUCUUCUACGUGCUCUACAAGGCUGAAAGUGUUUGUGGUGAAAACGAGGUGACCACCCCGCAGGUCAGCCGCUCGUUCAGCGGAAACGCCGCCUCCAGGAGUUCGAGAAAGUCCGUUAAAAGUGUACGAAUGAACAGGAGCAGAGUCCAAAUCGCGAAGAUGCUCAUCGUGAUAGUCACUACUUUUGGCCUGUGUUGGUUGCCUUACCGCGCUCUGGUGGUGUUCAACUCGUUCAUUCGAACUCCGUGGAUUGAUAAAUGGUAG